AUGGGGCGGUGGGGCCUUGUGAGGGGCGGGGGACACCGACAUCUCCUGGGGGGCUCCGAGGCGGUCCCGCUGUCCCCGCAGCAGCCCGCCGGCGCCGCGGCGCUGCUGGCGGAGCUGGCCGAGCGGGCGGAGCUCUACCGGGCCGCCCUCGGGAACGCUGCGAGGGAGGGCGGAAACGGGGCCCGGCUCCGGCGGCUCCAGCGCGGCCUCAAGGGGAAUCGGAAGAGCGUCGUUUCCUGUUUUCCUGUGGUUUUCCAGAGGCUGGAGGUGCAGCUGGAGGCGCUGGAGCAGGGCCGUGUUCCGCCAGCCCCCGAUCCACAGCCAGAGGAGCUGCAGACUCCGCUCCCGAGGGAUUUGCCCACGAGGGACGCACCGGCCAGCAGCCCAGCCCCUCCCGCCACAGAGGCGCCGCGGGACGUGCGGGAGGCGCUGGAGCAGCGCAUGGAGCGGUACCGGGCGGCCGCCGCCCAGGCCCAGCGCAGCGGCGACGCGCGCAAGGCACGCAUGCACGAGAGGAUCGUCAAGCAAUACCAGGCUGCCAUCCGUGCUCACAGCGCCGGCAAAGCCGUGGAUCUCACGGAGCUGCCGGUUCCCCCAGGCUUCCCUCCUAUCCAGGGCACCGAGAUCCCGUCUGAGCCCAGCAUUUCUGGGAUGCUGGAGGCGGCCCUGAGGCUGACAGGGCCAGAGCACGAGGAGGAAGAGGAGGAGGAGCAGGAGGAGGAAGAGGGGGACAGCAAGGCAGCCAAGGUGGGAUUUUGGGGUCCAGGGAGUUUGUCGGGGGGCAGGACCCCAGGUGGAACAUUCGCAGUGAUUCUUCCCAACACUGGAAACUGCAGGUGCAGCCCCACGCUCCCCCUGCGCCCCCUCCCAAACAGCCGCCACCCCGUCCAGCAAUACCAGGCUGCCAUCCGUGCUCACAGCGCCGGCAAAGCCGUGGAUCUCACGGAGCUGCCGGUUCCCCCAGGCUUCCCUCCUAUCCAGGGCACCGAGAUCCCGUCUGAGCCCAGCAUUUCUGGGAUGCUGGAGGCGGCCCUGAGGCUGACAGGGCCAGAGCACGAGGAGGAAGAGGAGGAGGAGCAGGAGGAGGAAGAGGGGGACAGCAAGGCAGCCAAGCCCUGUGUCCCCUUGGGGGUCUCGCUUCUGGGUCCCCUCGGGGUUCUCGCUCCUGGGGCCCCACCCCAUCCCAACCCCCUGUGUCCCCUUGGGGGUCUCGCUUCUGGGUCCCCUCGGGGUUCUCGCUCCUGGGGCCCCACCCCAUCCCAACCCCCUGUGUCCCCUUGGGGGUCUCGCUUCUGGGUCCCCUCGGGGUUCUCGCUCCUGGGGCCCCACCCCAUCCCAACCCCCUGUGUCCCCUUGGGGGUCUCGCUUCUGGGUCCCCUCGGGGUUCUCGCUCCUGGGGCCCCACCCCAUCCCAACCCCCUGUGUCCCCUUGGGGGUCUCGCUUCUGGGUCCCCUCGGGGGUCUCGCUCCCGGAGCCCCACCCCAUCCCAACCCCCUGUGUCCCCCUCAGAGGUCUCGCUCCUGGGUCCCCUCGGGGUUCUCGCUCCUGGAGCCCCACCCCAUCCCAACCCCCUGUGUCCCCUUGGGGGUCUCGCUUCUGGGUCCCCUCGGGGGUCUCGCUCCUGGAGCCCCACCCCAUCCCAACCCCCUGUGUCCCCUCAGAGGUCUCGCUCCUGGGGCCCCACCCCAUCCCAAAUCCCUGGGUCCUCUCGGGGGUCUCACUGCGGUGUCCCCUCGGGGGUCUCACUGCGGUGUCCCUUCGGGGGUCUCGCUCCCGGGGCCCCACCCCAUCCCAAAUCCCUGUCGCAGGUCCCCGAGGUGCCCCUGGACGGGGCCGAGUUCGAGCUGGGGCCGGGCCGGGGGGGUCCCGUGGCCCCCGAGGCCGCCAAGACCUUCCUGCAGCUGGCGGGGGCCCUGCGGAGGCAGCACCAGAUGUGUCUCACCUAUUCCCGACAAUUUGCUCAGCUGGGGAACAUCUCGGAGACCACCAGGGAGGAGGCGCAGCGGGACAAGACCAACGUCGUCAAAAGCACGGAUUGUCCCGAAUUCCGGGCGCGGUUCCGGCUGCGGCUGCUCCGCGGGCACCGGGGGCUGCGGAGGCUCCUGAGCUCCCGCGGGAUCAAGUUCGAGGUGACCCAGAAAGGGGGGCUGUUCCGGCCGGAGCGGGCCCUGGGCUCGGCGCAGCUGCGGCUCGAGGGGCUGGAAGGGGCGUGCGAGCUGCGGGAGCAGCUGGAGGUGAGCGGGCCCCGCUUCCCCGGUGCUGCCGGUGCGCCCCUUCCUCGGCCCCGCGCUCCCCGGGCAGCUCAUCCGCGCUCCCAGCGCUUCCCCGGGGCAUUCCCAGCCCCGGAGGCGGCCAAGGAGGCUCUGUACAAGCGGAACCUGGUGGAGAGCGAGGUGAGGACCCCGGGGGGCUCCAAAAGCUCCGUGGAUGAGUCGCGGGGCUGGGACCACGUGGGGUUCUGGGGCGGCCCAGAGGAUGGCUCCCCCUGCUUUGGGGGGCCUCUGGGAGCACCCCCCCGUGCCCACUGUGACAAUACUGUGACAAUCACAGGGAUCAGAGCUGCUACAUCCCCCCCCCACCGACCCCCAGGGGUGACACUGCCCCCAAGGACAGGUGAAAGGGUGAUUCCAANGGGGGGCGCCGCCCCCAAAGCCCCGCUACGAGCAGAGAACCUUCAGCGUCGUCAAGGAGAAUUGGGGUGGGAAUUGGGGCUGGGGAGCUCUGGGACCCCUCAGGGCCCCCCAUUCCCCUCCUCCCGGAUGUCCCGGAGCCGCUCUGGGUCUUUCGGAGGGGUGAGAGGGGCUUGGGCUGCCCCGAGCCCCAAAAUCCUCUUUUAUCUUGGUUUUUCCUGGUGUAUCCCGGUUUUCCCCCGUGCAGAGUACGCGGAGCACCUGGAGCGGCACCUGCGGCUCUACACGGAAGCCGCGCGGCGCCUCGGCACCCAGGGAGAGCGGGAGGCGGCCAAGGAGGCUCUGUACAAGCGGAACCUGGUGGAGAGCGAGCUCCAAAAGCUCCGUGGAUGAGUCGCGGGGCUGGGACCACGUGGGGUUCUGGGGCGGCCCAGAGGAUGGCUCCCCCUGCUUUGGGGGGCCUCUGGGAGCACCCCCCCGUGCCCACUGUGACAAUCACAGGGAUCAGAGCUGCUCCCCCCCCCCC